AUGUCUGCCCCAGCUACGUACUAUAACGUCGAAGUCGUCCAGUUUUGGCAAGGCCAGAAAGAGUACCUUCGGCCUUAUCCCCUUCACUGGGUUAUCUACAUCCCGACUGGUCCUGGUAUCGGGAAUACGUACCACAUCCUGGGAAAUACAGAUACCUACACCAUAGAGUUCAAACGCAAUCAGCCACACGUAAACCCCAAUGACUGGCGCGGAAGUUUUACUGUUGGAAGAGUGGCCACCCAUCAGCUGGCUUUGUUAGAGAGGCACCUCGCAAGCGUGCCAAUCACACGUCACGACCCCCGAUGGAACUCCCAGAACUGGGUAUGGGAAUGUCUCCGCUACCUCCGCCGCCAACGUUUUGAGAUCAGCUGGCAGUUUAGACAAUGCGACCUUCAAACGAAGAUGUGCUGCCUGCUGGAGGAAUGGGAAUUCGGUCGAAUUUAGAGGGGGAGAUCCGAUGUGCCCCUCGGAGUGGUUCAUCAAAAUAUUUAAUAUCCUUAUUCGGAGUCAUUUGGAGCACUCACCAUAGAGUUUAGACACUUAUCUGCAUUCUACAUUUGUAUCAUCACCAGCAUCAUAGACAGCUUUGGCGAUUGCCCG